GAGCCACCGCAUUGCUCCGCAGCAACAGCUGGAGACGUAUCGCCGGAGAUCCAGAGGACGAUUCCUCACGUUUAAUGAAAUGAUGCCAGUGGAAUAGCAGCAGGGGGGUGGGUGGGGAGAGGACCGGCGCCGGCUUUCUUACCUGCACUUUUACUGAAGACAUCUUCUGAGGAUAAUCUUACUCUGAUACUGUUGGAUUUUCUUUUCCAGGAUCUGGAUACUCUCUGUGGAAUAAGUUGGCUUUUUAAAGAUAAAAGGAAUUUUCAAAAAAAGAAAGAAAGAAGGGAUUUGUUUGUUUUGAAGGGACCUGAUUGACAUGCAUGGGUGUUAGUCUUUGAUCGUGUCUGAGUGUGACGUGUUGAGUGUGGGACCAAGGAGGGAGCAGUGCCAACCUGGAACAUGGUGCCUAACAUUCACCCCUCAGUGCCCCUUCUGCCCAGAGGGGCGGCACCGUUCCUGCUUCUGUUCAGCUGUUUGAUGGCCUCUUCUUUGGCAGACAGCUUGCCAAGUUUUGUCAAAUCCCCAGAGGACCAGACAGGCAUCUCUGGCGGGGUGGCGUCGUUUGUGUGCCAGGCCGCCGGCGAGCCAAAGCCCCGAAUCACCUGGAUGAAGAAGGGCAAGAAAGUUAGCUCUCAGCGUUUCGAGGUGAUUGAGUUUGAUGAUGGCUCGGGCUCAGUGCUGCGGAUCCAGCCACUGCGCACGCACAGGGACGAAGCCAUCUAUGAAUGCACAGCGGCCAACAGUGUUGGGGAAAUCAGCACCAGUGCCAAACUUACCGUACUUGAAGAGAACCAGAUCCCCCAUGGCUUCCCCAUGAUAGACAUGGGCCCCCAGCUGAAGGUGGUCGAAAGGACCCGUACCGCCACCAUGCUCUGCGGUGCCAGUGGAAACCCCGACCCGGAGAUAUCCUGGUUCAAGGACAUGCUGCCCGUGGACAUCAACAGCAGCAACGGGCGCAUCAAGCAGCUCCGCUCAGGAGCGCUGCAGAUUGAGAACAGCGAGGAGUCGGACCAAGGGAAAUAUGAAUGUGUUGCCAUGAACAGUGCCGGGACACGUUACUCUGCACCUGCCAACCUUUAUGUGCGAGUGCGACGCGUCCCGCCCAGAUUCUCCAUCCCGCCCACCAACCAAGAGGUGAUGCCUGGUGGGAGCGUCAACCUGACGUGCGUGGCGGUAGGCUCCCCCAUGCCUUACAUCAAGUGGAUGAAGGGUGAUGUGGAGCUGACCAAGGAGGAAGAGAUGCCGGUGGGCCGCAACGUGAUGGAGGUCACCAACAUCCGAGAAUCAGCCAACUACACCUGUGUUGCCAUGUCCUCGCUGGGCAUGAUCGAGGCUACGGCGCAGGUCGUCGUGAAAGCUCUGCCAAAGCCCCCCACAUCCCUCAUCGUGACGGAGACCACAGCCACCAGCGUGACUCUUACAUGGGAUUCUGGGAACCCGGAGCCCGUCUCCUACUACAUGAUCCAGUACAGGGCCAAGGUGUCUGACAACGGUUUCCAGGAAGUGGACGGUGUGGCCACCACUCGUUACAGCAUCGGCGGCCUCAGCCCUUACUCCGAGUAUGAGUUCCGCAUCAUGGCCGUAAAUAACAUCGGCCGCGGGCCACCCAGUGACCCCGUGGAGACACGCACUGGUGAGCAGGCCCCGUCCUCACCGCCUUUGCAUGUUCAGGCACGCAUGCUGAGCCCGAGCACUAUGCUGGUCCAGUGGGAGCCGCCAGAGGAGCCCAAUGGACAGAUCCGGGGAUACCGGGUCUACUAUAGCUCGGACCUGACGGCGCCGCUGAACGCCUGGCAGAAACACAACACAGACGACAGCAGGUUGACUACCAUCUCAGGCCUAACCACCGACAUCACCUACAGCCUCAGGGUGCUGGGCUUUACCUCCGUAGGGGACGGGCCACCCUCUGAUGUCCUGCAAGUUAAAACACAGCAGGGAGUUCCAGCCCAGCCGUCCAGCUUUGAGGCCGAAGCUGAGCUGGACACUCGCAUCCUGCUGACUUGGCUGUGGCCCGUGCAGGACUCCAUCACCAAGUAUGAGCUGCAAUACUGGGAGGCCGACUCUGACAACAAGAUCCAUGUGACCUUCAACCCAGCGGGGUCCUAUGCAGUGGAGGGUCUGAAGCCAGACACCCUGUACCGCUUCUCCUUGGCAGCCCGAUCCGAGAUGGGCCUAGGGGUCUAUACUCAGCCAAUAGAGGCCCGCACCGCCCAAUCCACCCCAUCUGCCCCACCUCAGGAGGUGCAUCUGGUCAGCCUGAGCUCCACCAGCAUCAAGGUGAGUUGGGUGGCACCGCCCGCUGCUAGUCGCCACGGCGCCAUCGUGCGCUACACGGUCAGCUACAGAGCCCUGGCUGGAGAUGAUUUGGAGCGCCACCAGGUGACGGGCAUCGGUGCGGACGCCACCAGCUACUUGCUGGAGGGUCUGGAGAAGUGGACCGAGUAUCAGGUGUGGGUGAGGGCGCACACUGAUGUGGGCCCAGGCCCUGAGAGCGCCCCGGUGCGGAUCAGAACCAAAGAGGAUGUGCCGGGUGCCCCUCCCAGGAAGCUAGAGGUCGAAGCGGUGAACUCCACGGCCAUCAGGGUCACCUGGAAACCCCCCUUGCAGGGAAAGCAGCACGGCCAGAUCCGAGGCUAUCAGGUCAUCUUCUCCCGUCUGGAGAACGGUGAACCACGAGGCCAGCCCAACAUCAUGGACGUGGCGCUGCCAGAGGCCCAGUGGAAUAUUGAGGAGUCCACCGAGCAUGAGGCCAUCAUCGGAGGACUGCAGUCUGAGACCACCUACUCUGUCACUGUGGCAGCAUACACCACCAAGGGAGACGGGGCUCGCAGCAAAGCCAAAGUCAUCACCACCACUGGUGCAGUACCUGGUAAGCCCACAAUGAUGAUCAGCACCACGAUGGGCAACACUGCCUUGAUCCAGUGGCAGCCACCCAAAGAUAUGGUGGGCGAGCUGGUGGGUUACCAGCUGCAGUACAAGCGCACAGAGGAGGAGAGCUACACCUCGCAGGAGCUGAAGAAGAGCGAUGACCACUUCACCGUCACCGGGCUGCACAAGGGCGCCACCUAUGUGUUUCGCCUCAGUGUUCGCAACCGCGCCGGCAACGGCGAGGCCUUCGUCAAGGAAAUCAGCACCCAGGAGGACGUGCCCGCUGGCUUCCCACUCAACCUGCGGGUGACGGGACUGACCACCUCCAGCACGCAGCUGGCCUGGGAUCCGCCGGCGCUGGCUGAGCGGAACGGCAAGAUUAUUCACUACCUGGUGGUGUACCGCGACAUAAACAGCCAGCGGAAUAGCACCAACCGUACGACGGACACACGCAUGAGCAUCCACGGCCUCAAACCGGACACCACCUACGACAUCCGAGUUCAGGCCUUCACCAGUAAGGGCGGAGGACCGAUCAGCCCCAGCAUCCAGAGCAGGACCAUGUCGACCUCACCGGCAUUCGCCAUAAGCUUCGGUGUCAAAGCUGUUAUGAAAACAUCUGUCCUCCUCACCUGGGAAGUCCCGGAGAACUACAAGUCCCAAGUACCUUUCAAGAUCCUGUACAACCAGCAGAGCGUGGAGGUGCAGGGCAACCUGAAGAGGAAACUCAUCACACGGCUUCAACCGGACACAGAAUACUCCUUUGUGUUGAUGAGUAGGGGGAACAGUGCCGGGGGUCUGCAGCAGCAGGUGUCCAUCCGCACCGCCCCAGACCUGCUCAAGACCAAACCCGUGCUCUACAGCCAACAGCAGGCCCAGGGUGGCAGGCUAACCAUCGACCUGCCCAGGGUGCAGACCAACACCCAAGUCAGGUGGUACUACAUAGUUGUGGUGCCGGUGUCCCCGUCAUCGCGACGCUGGGAGAACCCGGACGAGAUGGACCUGGAUGAGCUGCUCGAGUCGGGUGAGAGUCCCAUUCUGAGGCAGCGCCGGCAGGUGGACUCCCCGAAGCCUUACAUCGCUGCCAAGCUGGCAUCGCUACCAGCCACCUUUACCCUGGGUGAUGAAAAGAGGUACAACGGCUUCUACAACAAGCCCCUGCCCAGCCACCAGGAGUACCUCUGCUUCGUCCUGGCUGCCCUAAGAGAACAGGAGCAUGACAGCAGUGAUAAAUACAGGACGUUCUCGGCGAGUCCCUACUCAGACCCUAUCCAGGUGGUGAUGAGCACUGUGUCCCCCAGGGUGGAGCAACCUGAGAUGCUGUGGGUGAUGGGCCCGGUGUUGGCCGUGGUCCUCAUCAUCAUCAUCGUCAUCACCAUACUGCUCUUCAAGAGGAAGCGUGCAUCACCCCUGCCCAAAUACGACCAAUCGGGUGGGGUGAAAGACUCCCUGCUGGCCAACUCCUCAGACCCCGUGGAGAUGAGGAGGCUCAACUAUCAGACCCCAGGUCCCAGCUCUCAUCGCUGCCCCAACACUCCAAGAAUGAGAGAGCAUCCGCCCAUCCCUGUGGUCGACCUGGCUGACCACAUAGAGCGGCUGAAAGCCAACGACGGCCUGCGUUUCUCCCAGGAGUACGAGUCCAUCGAUCCAGGCCAGCAGUUCACCUGGGAGAACUCCAACAUGGAAGUCAACAAGCCAAAGAAUCGCUAUGCAAACGUCAUAGCCUAUGACCACUCAAGAGUUGUGCUCACAUCCAUCGAUGCUGUUCCCGGUAGCGACUACAUCAAUGCUAACUACAUCGAUGGCUACAGGAAGCAGAAUGCCUAUAUCGCCACACAGGGCCCUCUGCCUGAGACACUGAGCGACUUCUGGAGAAUGGUGUGGGAGCAGAGAUCCAGCACCAUCGUCAUGAUGACCAGGCUGGAGGAGAAGUCGAGGGUGAAGUGUGACCAGUACUGGCCAGCGAGGGGAACCGAGACCUACGGGAUGAUCCAGGUCACCAUGCUCGACACUGUGGAGCUGGCCACGUAUAGCGUACGCACCUUUGCCCUCUACAAGAAUGGCUCCAGUGAGAAGAGGGAGGUGCGCCAGUUCCAGUUCAUGGCAUGGCCUGACCACGGGGUACCAGAGUACCCCACCCCCAUCUUGGCUUUCCUCAGACGGGUCAAGGCCUGCAACCCUCCAGACGCUGGGCCCAUGGUGGUGCACUGCAGUGCGGGCGUGGGCAGGACAGGCUGCCUGAUCGUGAUCGAGGCCAUGCUGGAACGCAUGAAGCAUGAGAAGUCGGUGGACAUCUAUGGCCACGUGACGUGCAUGCGCGCCCAGAGGAACUACAUGGUCCAGACGGAGGACCAGUACAUCUUCAUCCACGAGGCCCUGCUGGAGGCCGCCACCUGCGGCAACACCGAGGUCCCCGCCCGCAACCUGUAUGCCCACAUCCAGAAACUCACCCAGCCCCCGCCCGGGGAGACAGUCACCGCCAUGGAGCUGGAGUUUAAGAGAUUGGCCAACUCCAAAGCCCACACGUCGCGCUUCAUCAGCGCCAACCUGCCCUGCAACAAGUUCAAGAACCGCCUGGUCAACAUAAUGCCCUUUGAGUCCACCCGCGUCUGCCUGCAGCCCAUCAGGGGUGUUGAGGGCUCGGACUACAUCAACGCCAGCUGCAUCGAUGGCUACAGGCAGCAGAAAGCCUACCUGGCCACCCAGGGACCCCUAGCCGAGACCACAGAGGACUUCUGGAGAAUGCUGUGGGAACACAACUCAACCAUUGUUGUCAUGCUCACCAAACUACGAGAGAUGGGGCGGGAAAAGUGUCAUCAGUACUGGCCAGCAGAGCGCUCAGCCCGGUACCAGUACUUCGUGGUGGAUCCCAUGGCCGAAUACAACAUGCCCCAGUACAUCCUCCGAGAGUUCAAAGUCACAGAUGCCAGAGAUGGCCAGUCUAGAACAAUCCGCCAGUUCCAGUUCACCGACUGGCCAGAGCAAGGCGUGCCAAAAACCGGGGAAGGCUUCAUUGAUUUCAUUGGCCAAGUCCACAAAACCAAGGAGCAGUUUGGACAGGAUGGACCAAUCACUGUACACUGCAGUGCUGGCGUUGGCAGGACUGGUGUCUUCAUCACCCUCAGCAUCGUGCUGGAGAGGAUGAGAUACGAGGGCGUGGUGGACCUUUUCCAGACAGUCAAAACGCUACGCACCCAGAGGCCUGCUAUGGUGCAGACAGAGGACCAGUACCAGUUGUGCUACAGGGCGGCGCUGGAGUACCUGGGGAGCUUUGACCACUAUGCAACGUAACCACUCUCCCAACGAACCGGAGCAGCCCUUCCUGGUCAAAACCGCUCAAGAGCGUGCCAAGAGUCCCUUCUCAGCUACCAUCCACCCGCUUGACCCCACACAACCCCCCACCACCCACCCACCCCGACCCCUCCCGGCUCUCUCCCCGCUACACUGAGAGGGACGAGAGCAAGAGACACAACACAAAGAGAGAGAGAGAGAGAGAGGUACGCACUUUGCGGACCCGUUGAACGGGGGUUUAGAUCCACUCGGAUUUACCACACGGAGAUUUACCAUUCAAAAAAAAUAAAAGAAAUAACCAAGAAAAAAGAAAAAAACAACAAUCAAGAAAUGGGAAACGUAUAAAGUACAAUGACUAUGACAACUACGGCAACUCUUGUUCGGAAGCGACAGCUCAGAACGGCGGCCUGCCUCUCUGUGCUGUCGGCGCCAAAACCUCCCCGAUUGUCAAAGGCUCCUGGUAGCACUAAGAGAUGAUUCUCUGUUUGUUUUGUUUUUAUCACCGUUGGUUUUAUCGUCUCUCCUAUGUUUAUUCUGAAUUAUUAUCAUGAGAAAUGUUAUUUAGCGCAUUCUUCUUUUUUUGUUUUCCUGUCAUUCUCAUCGUUUCCUGUUUUUAUUAAUCAUUUUAACACCGGGCAUUUCUUUUGUCUUAAACCGGCCCACUGUCGAAGUCUGCAUUUAUUGUCACGAUCGGUACGAUUCUUCUUUUUCUAUUAUUUUAUAUCAUUAUUUUUUAAAAUUUUAGAUUACUUUAGCACAGGGGACAUGUAUUUUUAACACGUUCCUACGUACUAAUAAGAGGAGAACCACUGUUCUCUGAGCUGCUGUCAGGUUUUCUUUGGUGUCACGUGGUUUUCGCGCUCGCGUGUUCAGUGUU